AGCGUUAAAUAGCGGAUGAACCAGAAACCUCCACAGAUCACAGAGUAUUCCAGAGGAUUUAUUACAGAUCUGAGAUCAUCACGGUGAUCUGUUACACCAGAAUUAAUUUAGAUUAACCGGGUCUGAGUGAGAAGCGAGUCGCUGAAGCAGAAACUGAGGAAAUGGAUCAGAUGAAGCGGAUAGAAGCGGCCGUGCUGAGGGGAUUCCUGUCUGAAGCUGACACAUCCGAGUGGAAACAGGGGCUGUUCAAGGGUGCAGAUGGAGGGCCGUUACUGCAGAGCGUGUUGGAUGCAGAUUUCGAGGCGGUGUUACUCAGUGCGCCGGUGCUGGAGCUGCUGGGUGGAGAGGCGGAGCAGGACGAGAACAUGGAGACGUUCCUGCAGAGACGAAUCACCGCCUACCUGAGUCACACCGAGCAGGAAGUGAAGAAGGACAGGGAAGUGGCUAUGUUGGCGUUGGCGGUUUCGUGUCUGCAUCUCUUUGUCCAGUCAAACUGGACCGGUCCUCCGUUUGUCCUCCACGUGUCGGAUCUGCUGCCUGCAGCGCUGCUGGACAAAGAGGUCGGACCCUCUCUGGUGUUAGAUGGUGAGUGUGUGUACAGUUUGGUGUCGAACCCUCUGCUGCUACUCAUCACCAGAGUUCUGCUGGUCAGCUGUUCUGAGAAGAUGGAACAUCUACAGCUGUUACCCUGGUGGACGUUACGAUACAUUGGUGUACAUCAGCAGAUCCUGGAGGAGAAAUCACCACAACUCUUCAACCUGGCACAGAGCUGCAUCCACAGAGUCGAGGAUGUUCUGAGCGGUGAGACCUUGAGGAACCUGAGCAUGCUGUUCCACCUGGAGUGCAGCUACACCUGCCUGACCUACUACGAGUACCUCAGAGCUAAAGAACAUCUCCAGAAAGCUCGAGAUCUCUCGGGACUGGACAUCAACAUGACGGGUGCGCUGGGAAAGAGAACCCGGUUCCAGGAGAACUUCCUGGCUCAGCUCAUCCUGGAUGUGAAGUGGAAAAACAGCGGUGUGGUUCCAGACAGAGGCGUCUCACCCGCCCCCACUCCUAAAGAACUCCUGCCCAAGGAUCAUCAGUUGAAUGAUGACACUGUACUGAAUCAGAUCAGUUUGGCUGAACCGUCUGACCACGAGGUUCCGGAUCUGAGUGCAGAAGAGCAGGCGCUCAUCCUCGGGGUGUGCACCGACUUCCAGAAGAACAAUCCGGUCCACAAACUGAACAACGAGGAGCUUCUGGCCUUUACUACAUGUUUGCUGAACCAGCCGAAGUUCUGGGCGGUGGAGGUGACGGCGCUCUGCCUCAGGACCAAACUGGAACGAUCGAGUUCACGCAGGGUGGAGCGCGCCAUGAUGCAGACCCAGACGUUGGUGGAUUUCUUUCAGGAGAAGCUCUGUCCUGUGGGGGAGCGUCUGAAGAUCUUCUACGGCUGUCCGGCUCCGCCCCACUGGGAACUGCAGAGGCAGUUAGCCAGUUUGCUAACAGAUUUGGGAUUAACCAGCUCCGCCCUGCUCAUCUACGAGAGACUGGAACUGUGGGAAGAUGCUGUUAUCUGUCUGGAGCGCAUCGGCCAACACGGCAAGGCGGAGGAGAUCCUGAGGCGGGAGCUGGAGAAGAAGGAGACGCCGUCCCUGCUCUGUCUCCUGGGGGACGUGCUGAGGGACCCGCAGUAUUACGACCGCGCCUGGGAGCUCUCCAAACACCGCAGCGCCCGGGCACAGAGGUCCCGCGCCCUCCACCACCUCCGAAACAAGGAGUUCCAGGAGUGUGUGGACUGCUUCGAGCGCUCGCUCCGCAUCAAUCCCAUGCAGUUAGGGGUGUGGUUCUCUCUGGGGUGUGCCUACUUUGCGCUGGAGGGUUAUGAGGGAGCCGCUAAAGCCUUCCAGAGGUGCGUGGCGCUGGAGCCGGACAACUCAGAGGCUUGGAACAACCUCUCCACCGCCCUCAUCAAACUGAGGAACAAGGAGAAGGCCUUCCGGACCCUGCAGGAGGCGCUGAAGUGUAACUACGAGCGCUGGCAGAUCUGGGAGAACUUCAUCGCCGUCUGUGUGGACCUGGGCGAGUUCGGCGAGGCCAUCAGAGCGUACCAUCGUCUCCUGGACCUGAAGGACAAGUACAAGGACGUGGAGGUUCUCGAGAUCCUCGUCAGGGCGGUGGUGGAGAACCUCCCCGAUCACCGCGGUGACCAGGGGGCCAAUCACAGAGCCAAACUGCAGGAGCUGUUCGGCCGAGUGUCUGCUAACUGCAGCACUGACGCCCAAAUAUGGAAGCAGUACGCCCGACUGUACGGCGACGGCCAGAGUGCCAACAAGGAGGAUAACGAGAAGGCGCUCCACUUCCUGUCUAAAGCUCAUCGGUGUGAGACUCAGAGAGCCGGAUGGGAAAAAGAUACGAGCAGCUUCAGAGACGUGAUGAAGGGAGCCGUGGACAUGGCUGCUGUGUCGCUGAGGUGCAGCAGGGAGAAAUCCAACCCACAGGAGGCGCUGCAGGUCCUCUCCUCAGCUCGGCUCAGCCUGAAAAGUUUAUCCAGCAAAGCAAAGCAACUUUACCCCGACGUAGCGACGGGGGAGGUUCACCACGAGCUCCGGAACGACGUCGCCGAACUCGAGCAGCUAAUCACGGAGAUACAAGACCUGAGCGCGGAGCUACGCAGCCAAUCAGAGCGGUCCUGAUCACAACCGAUCAAUAAAACCAAUAAAUCUGUACCGUGAGUGAUGUGUGUGUUAUUUAGCAUCACGCUAAUACAGGAAUUCAUUAUCGUGCCUUGUUAACCUUACAAUGCCCUAGUAAGCUAAGCUAAUAAUAAUAAUUUGUAAUAAAUAAUUUUUAUGACACA